GUAGACGAUUGCGUGCUCGGCAUAACAAAGUGAGUCACUCUUAUGGUUCCCAGCUACUAAUUGCUAUUGCUUAAGCCUCCAAAUUUCGUCCAUGGUCAGCUGAGUGUAAAACUUCCAUAAAAACUAUAAUUUCCAAGGCCAAUCCCCCGUUGCCCGGGACUCCGCUACCGCUAGUGACAUUUCGUGUGGCCGUCGGUAUCUAGUGUGCUAGGGACCAACUUGUUGAUGUUCAGAAGUUCUGGCAGGUCAGAGACGGUUGUCGGUUGUGCGCACUUUUUCCAAAGUUCUCGGUGUAAAUUCUCAUUAGUAUCGGAAAGAAAACAGGAAAACUGCAGAAAAUGAGCGGCCCAAAGUUGAUCACGUUGACCGAAGUGAAGGAACACAACAAACCGGACGAUCUGUGGUGCAUUAUCAACGGGAAAGUCUAUGACCUUUCCAAAUUCCGACACGAGCACCCGGGGGGAUCGGAAGUCCUUGAAGAUGUCGCUGGAAAGGAUGCCACCACGGAAUUCAUCGAGGUCGGACACAGCAAGGAGGCGGAGAAUCAAAUGCAAUCAUAUCUUGUUGGAAAUUUCAGUGCAGAGGAAAAGCGAGACUCAAAGUCCCGGGCAUGCUUGAUAAUGUAGACAAGAUAAAGUAAUACUGCCUUACUGUUAUGCGUUAUGUUUCGUACUAUUCCAGUGCUUGUCGGUUUCUUUUUAUCGAAUAAUUUUUGUUAUGUAAUAUUAAAUCAUAGCUCAAAGCGUAGAAUCUAAGUCCUCGGGAGUAGCCAAAAGUAUUUUAAACGCAUCAAUUUAAUGUCAUGCUGCAUUUUGUCGAUUAGGUUCGUCUCUCAACUUUUCUUUAUUUUAAGAAAAUAUCUAAUAAAGUCUUUUGCUGCUUUUCAAAAUAA